AUGGGUCGCCGAUCUAUUAACACCACUAAAAGUGGAAAAUACAUGAAUCCUACUGAUCAAGCUCGCAAGGAAGCACGAAAAAAGGAAUUGAAAAAGAAUAAAAAACAAAGGCAAUUAGUUAGAGCUGCCGUAUUGAAAGGAAAAGACCCUACACAAAUCAUUGAAGAGAUGGAAAAGAUUGAUCAAAUGGAAUACAAUGUUUUGCAACCACCACCUUUGAAUGAGAAAGUUUUAAAAGAUAAACGUAAAAAACUGAAAGAAACUUUAGAUCGUGUUCUAAAAAUGUAUGCUAAAGAUGAUCAAGAAAAAUGGAUCGAAUUGAAAGAGCAGUUAAUUCAGUAUGAAAGACGUCGUGUAGAUUUAGUAACUUACUUUGAAGCAGUAAAACAUGCGCAACAAGUACAAAUUGAUGAAAUUCCAUUGCCAUCAUCAAACAGUGAUGUGCCUCGAAAUUUUACAGGAUCAUUGACAUCACAAAUUCCAUUACCGGACAUGCCACAACCUGCUACUCAUCUUUAUGCUUUACAUCCUCAUUAUCUGCCUCAACAUCAUCCGAUUAUGAAUAUUCCCAUACCUCCAAGCAUUCUGAAAAAAAGCAGCGUAUACUCAAAUAUAUCAAAUACUUCGUCAUUGAUCGCUAAUAAAGAUCCACCAGGAGUUCCACCUUUUCCAUGUCCAGAUCUUUUUGCUGAAGAUGAAGAUUUGUCUGAUAAGUCCAAAGAUGUUAGUCCGAAAUUCCGAACGAUACGCUUCGCAGAUGACGAUGAAGUUGAGAGACAAGAGAAAGACGACAAAGACAAAAAUGUGGAUAAAGAAAAGUUUAAAGAAGUUCAAAAAGUUAAGCCCACAAGUCUUCAACAGAAAAUGUUAGCUAUCGCAGGGCAAGAUAUAGAUCAAUUCAUGCGAGAAAUGGAGGUUGUGCAUAAAAAAAGAGAAACAGAACGAGCCCAAGAUUUAAAUGCCAGACUAGGUUUACUUGAUGCACAACCUAGUGAUCAAUUGAAAAAUAAAACUGUUCAGUCCGAUUCUGAAAACGUUGAUUUUUCUGAAUCUUCGGAUAUCCCAGUUGUUUCGAACCAACAACAACCUCAGCAGCAAGAACAAGAACAACAACCAGAACAAGAGCAACAAAAACAAAAACAACAACAACAACAACAACAACAACAACAACAACAACAACAACAACAACAACAACAGCAGCAGCAACAACAACAACAACAACAACAACAACAACAACUACAACACAAUAUUCCGUCAAUGGGAAUGCCACCUCCACCUCUUCUUUACAGGCCACCACCACCACCAAUGCAUCUUCGUAUGCCACCACCACCUCCUCCUCGGCCUCCUCCGGGUAUGCCUCGAAUGCUAAGAUCUGGACUGCCAAAUUUACCACGCAUGCCACCUCCAACACUGCAGCUUUCGAAUUUAUCACAUUUAUCAAACUUAUCUAACUCUCAGAUGCAAAGUUCUAAUAAUACAGUUGCACCACAGAAAACACCAAAUGUUUUAUCAGCAGCGCCUCAAUUAAUUAAUCGCCAAGACAAAGACGGAAAAAGUACAACGACUAUUGAAGCAAAACCACAGAUAAGAAAUUUGGCGGCAGAUGUAACAAGGUUCCUUCCUACCUCAGUAAGAGUGAAACGGGACGAUCAGCGGAAACCAAGUAGUAUUAUACGAUUGCCUGAAAAGAAUUUCGAAACGCAGCUUAUUAAACCACCUCAACCAAAAACAAAGGAUGAUGCAUACAUGCAAUUCAUGCAAGAAAUGAAAGGAUUGCUAUAA